UUAUCCGACCACACAACAAUGGGGAAGACCCACGGAAACGACGGAAGAAGCUUAACGCCCGUCCAAAGAUUUUUCGUCGGCUCCAAAAUAUUCUUGACCGGAGGUACAGGUUUUAUAGGGAUCCUCCUGCUGGAAAAGCUGCUGAGCUCCUGUCCCGACAUUUCCAAAGUCUUUAUGUUGGUCAGAGACAAAAAGGGAAAGGAUGUUCGGACCAGAAUGCAAGAGUUCUUCGACAAUGAAGUAUUUUACAGAGUUAGGGAGCAGUGUCCGAACUUCGCGGAGAAGAUAGUUGCUGUGAAAGGAGAUUGCGAGCUACCAGGACUGGGACUGCGCCAGCUCGACAGCGAGACGCUAAUCAGAGAGGUGACAACACCUCUGUUUUUGGGGAAAUAUCCUAACACGUACACCUUCACCAAACACAUCGGAGAAGACGUGGUGCGACAGGAAGGUGGAGGGUUACCCGUUGGAAUACACAGACCCUCCGUUGUGUUGUCGACUUACAAAGAACCCCUGAAGGGUUGGAAUAACAGCAUUUACGGCCCUGCUGGUCUAAUGAUGGCUGGAUACGUGGGCAUAGUAAAAACAUCACCAUACGAUACAGAGGUCAAAACUAACAUGGUGCCAGCUGACAUGGUGGUAAAUUCCAUCAUAGCCGCAGCUUGGGACAUUGGGGAAAGUUUUAUCCGAGAAAAAGACACGACCCCCACCAUAACUGUCUACAACUAUGAUCUGGAUCUGGACGUAACAUGGGGCAACUACUUGUAUACGUGCAAGAAGUACGCUUUAAAGUAUUUCAGCGUCAAGACCAUGUGGUACUUAGAUGGGUUGCUCUUUAAGUCAUUUUUCGUCUACAGUGUUAUGCACUUUUUCCUACACACCAUCCCUGGCGUCAUCAUCGAUGCUGUUCUGGUCUACAGAAAGAAACCUCCGAUGAUGCGAAGUAUAUAUCGGAAACUUUACAAAACUGAGAAGAUGCUGGCUUAUUUCAAAAUGAACGAGUGGACUUUCGAAACUGGAAAUCUGAGAGGACUUAUAGGCAGGAUGUCCGACGAGGACAAGAAGAUCUUCUACUGCGACGUCAAGGAUUUCGACUGGGAGGAAUCUUUGGAAUACUACACCCUGGGGUUGAGGAUAUACUUGAUGAAGGACCCCUUAGAGACGCUCCCAGCAGGACAGAAGCUUCGAGUAAGGUAA